CGCUCACUUUGCACCUUUGCUCCACAUAUGCGCACGGGCAAGGCGUCGCUUUUCCUUCUUCCGUCGCUCGAAGAGGGGGCCGGACCAAUACGCCGAGGGACACGGGAAAAACACACACUUUUGACAGGAUGAACAACAGUUUUCUAAGCAUGGCGUCGAUAGGCGACUUCGACCCGCUCAACGCUUCUAUCCCCGCGACCAAAGUUGAAAUCACGGUGUCCUGCAGAAACCUGCUGGACAGAGACACCUUCUCCAAAUCUGACCCAAUAUGUGUCCUCUACACGCAAGGAAUGGGAAACAAAGAGUGGAGAGAGUUUGGAAGAACAGAGGUGAUUGACAACACAUUAAAUCCAGACUUUGUUCGUAAAUUCAUUUUGGACUACUUCUUUGAAGAGCGCCAGAACCUCCGCUUUGACUUGUAUGACGUGGAUUCCAAGAGUGCCAACCUUUCCAAACAUGACUUCCUGGGUCAGGCGCACUGCACUCUGGGAGAAGUGGUGGGGUCUCUCGGCAGCCGCUUAGAGAAGUCUUUGGGGGGGAUCUCGGGAAAGAAAUGUGGGACCAUUAUCGUGAAAGCCGAGGAGCUGAACAACUGCAGGGAAUCUGUCAUGAUGCAAUUCUGUGGAAACAAACUGGACAAAAAAGAUUUCUUUGGAAAAUCUGACCCCUUUCUGGUUUUCUAUCGGAGCAACGAGGAUGGCACGUUUACCAUUUGCCAUAAGACAGAGGUGAUAAAGAACACACUGAACCCAGUGUGGCAGGCCUUUAAGAUCCCAGUGAGAGCGCUGUGCAACGGAGACUACGACAGAACAAUCAAAGUGGAGGUGUACGACUGGGACAGAGACGGCAGUCAUGACUUCAUUGGAGAGUUCAGCACCAGCUACAGAGAGCUCUCCAGAGGCCAGAGCCAGUUCAAUGUGUAUGAGGUGGUAAAUCCGAAGAAGAAAGGAAAGAAGAAAAAAUACCUCAACUCUGGAACGGUGACGCUGCUGUCCUUCCUAGUGGACAUGGAGGUGACCUUCUUGGACUACAUCAAAGGCGGGACCCAGAUCAACUUCACCGUGGCUAUUGAUUUCACCGCCUCCAAUGGUAACCCCGCCCAGCCCACUUCUCUGCAUUACAUGAGUCCGUACCAGCUGAAUGCCUAUGCUAUGGCCCUGAAGGCGGUUGGAGAGAUCAUACAGGACUAUGACAGCGACAAAAUGUUCCCUGCACUGGGCUUUGGGGCCAAGCUGCCCCCGGACGGCCGAGUGUCCCACGAAUUUGCUCUGAACGGAAAUCCUCAGAACCCCUACUGUGCCGGGAUAGAAGGUGUGAUGGAGGCUUAUUACCAAAGCCUGAAGUCAGUACAGCUCUAUGGACCAACCAACUUCUCUCCAGUCAUCAAUCAUGUUGCCAGAUAUGCAGCCUCAGUGAAGGACGGCUCUCAGUACUUUGUUCUGCUCAUCAUCACAGACGGAGUCAUCUCAGACAUGGCCCAAACCAAGGAGUCCCUUGUCAAUGCUUCCUGUCUGCCCAUGUCCAUCAUCAUCGUGGGAGUGGGGCCAGCUGAGUUUGAUGCGAUGGUGGAGUUGGACGGUGACGAAAUCCGGAUCUCCUCCAGAGGCAGAUAUGCAGAGAGAGACAUUGUUCAGUUUGUCCCAUUCAGAGACUACAUUGACCGGACAGGGAACCAUAUCCUCAGCAUGGCACGGCUGGCCAAAGAUGUCUUGGCCGAAAUCCCAGACCAGUUCUUGUCCUACAUGAGAACCCGCGGGAUCAAACCCUCGCCGGCCCCGCCCCCUUACACUCCACCGGCCCAACCGCUCCAAACCCAGAUCUGAGCACUAAGCAACCAGAAGGGGGCGCUGUGUAUGUGUGCCAACAAUGACUUUUAACCAGAAAUACUUCCAUUUCCUUGCGGCCAGCUCUCGUCGUCGUGGAUACCAGUGGUGUUUCUCGUGUUGAGGAGGAAGUGUGAGGUAGUCGCACUUUUGAGGAACGGAGAAGCCAAUCGGAGUCUGUUUACUUCCAAGUGUCAAGCAUUCCUGUUUGUGUCUGGGAUUUAAUGUUCUCUUGGGACAUAUAAAUGGAUCUGGAAAAGUUAGGAAUCGUUGACACCAUCUUAUGAUCAGGGAGAAGGUUGUAGGAUAUUUGGGUGAAGAGGUAUUUUCUCUAACGCUGUAAAUUGAAUGUCUCCAGACCAUGAAGGAAUAACUUGAUCAAACUUUUUGUAAAUAACUUUUCUCUCUCUUUCCCUAUCUCUCUAUCUCUCCAACUCACACAUGUUUACAGUAAACUCUAACAAGGAUUUUUACUGAUACCUUUUAUACACAAUUUCAAUGAUCUUGUAAUACUCUCCACACCUUUCCUUCUUUCUAUCUCUUUCUAUCCCUGGCAUGUGCGUCAGGUAGCAGCAGUGCAGGUCCUGGUAGCUCCUCUGUACCGUACCGUGCUGUACCGUACCGUACUGUAACCUGGUGUUUGUAUUCAGACUUUUGCAUGAGUGUAGCUCAGUGCAUGCAUAUAGUGGCCCUGCACUACCUCUUCUCCCAUCGUUCGAAUGUGUGUGUGUGUGUGUGUGUGUGUGUGUGUGUGUGUGUGUGUGUGUGAGAGCGCUGAGAGGGACUGGGAGUCUGUUUGUCGACAUCAUCAUGUCAAAUGUCAUAAAUACUAUUUUCCUACUGUCUAAAUGGCUCUUUCCUUCUUUACUUUGUCCAGUACAGAGCAGUGUUUCCAUGCAAUUUAAUUUUUGGGUGAGAAGUUAUUUUAGUUAUUUAUUCAGCAAUCUUUUUGAAGGUUGUGUCUAUUGAAGGUCUUUUGUAGCAAUUACAAUCACUUUGAAUAGAAAAUAUUUUACCAUUAAUGUUAAUGUUCAGGUAUAGAAUUGUAGUACAUGUGCAUUUAUCUACAAUUUAUUAAAAAAAAUAGUUAAAUUAUAUCACAUUUGAUUCUACACUCAACCCAUAAUGGCCCAUCAGUUGUAUUUUUUUUUAACUAUAUUUUAAAACAAAAUAAAAUACAUAUGGUCAGUGUAAGAACAAAGAUGUGAAGUUCUCAACCUGAUCCCUGAGAGACACCCUUUUCCUUUUUAUUAUAAUACAUUCAGCCGCAUCUAGUCAUCUAGUCAGUUUAAAUUGAAUGGAAACACAGCUGCUGUAUGUCUCUGUCUUUCUCUCUUCUAAACUGUCUUGGCAAUAUGAUGCCCCCAGCUCCAGGGGGCGCUGUCUCACUGUGUGUCCAAAUCUACAUCCCUGCCCAUGUUGAAAUGUAACAGCAGCUGCUCUCAAACUAAAUACAGUUUGAGCAAAAAGAGCCCAGUGGUCAAAAAUGCAGAGAAAACAUAUUUUCCCUAAGUUUGCUUCGUCAGUUUAAUUUUCUUGUGUCUGUUUUAAUCGCACCUUUAGCUUUUAUAUAGCUUUUUAUAUGUUUGUUUUAAGUGUGCAUAUUUGUACGUGCCAAUCAUCUGUAAAGAGGUGAUAUGAAGUUUAAGUCUUAAUUUUUAUUUGUUCUAAAAUAUGUGAAGAAUUUGCAGAUUUUGUAAAGAAUGUGAAGAAAUGUCUGUGGAUUGAAAUGUUAAAAUGACUGAGUGGAAUAUGAGUGAGGUUUAUAUGUUGUAUGUAUGAACCUAUUAGAACAUUAUGAGAAAUUAUGUUGAAUAUUAUGUUAUGGUUUAGCAAAUAGACAAUAGAAAUUAAUCCAAAAAGGCCAUUACAAACAAACUGUACUUCAAUCAUAAAUGUUAUCAGUUACAUCGGGGCUAUAGUUGAUGUAACAAGCCAAUAUCGGGUAACUACACUUUAAUUAACCUUAAUAAAGUAUGAACAAAAAAUUUACAAAAAUAGUUUAUGUAGACUCAGACUUAGUAACUAAUAAUUAAUACACUAAUAUACACUAUAAAUAUUUAACUUCAGUUUCUUGAGGAGAGGACCAGAUUUUUGGGAGAGAGACGGUUAAGGGCAUGACACACUGCUCAUUUAUCACAAUUUGCAGUUGUACAAAAUAUCUAGAUCUGUUUCAAUAAUGAUAAUAUUUUAUUAUUGUUUAAAAAAAAAAGGAAUUAUAAAGGCUUUACCAACAUUGCUCUGCCAAAUUGCCAAACAAGUACAGACUAGACCAGCACCAACCAGGUCUACACUGCAAAAAGCCAUGUCACUUAAUGACUUAAAUUAAGAACAUUUUACUUUAUUUGAGUAGAUUCAACUUGACAAGAUCUACCAAUGGAAUAAGUGUGUUUUCCUUAAUUCAAGCAUCAUUAGAUUUUGUUUCUUAUUUUAACCAAAGAGUUUAUCUUUGGUUUAGCAAGAUGUAUUUUCAUAUUUUAAGUACAAAUGUCUUGUUCCAUUGGUAGAUCAUUUUCAAGUGAAAUUUACUCAGAUCAUGUUAAAACUUACUUAUUUCAAGCAAUCUUAACUUGACUAGAUUUUAGUUUUUGCGAUGUAAAACAGGACUAAACCAAAACUGACCCAAAAUGAAACCAGGUCUAAACCAAGAAUAAACCAGUAAACAAGAGAAAUAAUCUUUUUUAAUAUUAUGAGAUAUGCCACAGGUCAUCCAAACAAUCUGAUCUGAAUGAACUCUUUGCUCAUACUUUAUUAAGGCUCAUUAAGCUGCAGUUUUUUAUAAAGUGACACCGAAUAUUGUUUUAUACAGCUGUGUUAGUAAUGUGUUUCAGAAAGGCCUUUUUAGUUUAAUAGUAAAAGACAACAAAUAUGGCAAAUGUUUAUCAAAAUAAACAGUUGCACAAUGUGAACACAGACUUUAGAGUUACUUACAUCAACUGUGUGUAUCAUAAUAUUACCAUCACAAUUUAGAUUUCUUUGUUUUCUCCUCCCCUGUUGUGUUGCCGCAGUAGUACAGUGUAGCAGUACAGCAACAGUGUGUUGAGGCUUGAGUUGUUGCGUAGUUACAGUUAGCCUCAAGUUACCAGCGCAGUUUGGGUUCAGCGCUGGGUACAUCAUUAGGACGAUGGGUCGAAUAAGUCACCUCAUUACAGUGCAUCUCUCUAAACUGUAAGACAUCUGAGACAGCAGGGGGUGAUACUUAUGUAGCUUUGGUGAUUGGGGAAAGAGGAGCAGAUGGUAACAGUUCUUGGUGACAAUCGAAAACGUUUCAUUCCCUCUGGCUUUAACGUACACAGCAGGCAUGCUUUGACAUUUUGCAAACACAACUGGCUUUACUUACAGCCAGACAAACUGCAAACUGAUUUCUAAAGCUAAUCUACCUCCUGGUUAUGUAGUGAUGAUCAGAUCCCAUUUUAACAUUUUCAGAGCACAGUAUGGAAACGUCUACUGCCCUGUAAAGUAUAUAUAAUAUUUAGUGUCAAAAGUCAUUUGCAAGUAACUGUAAAUUUGUUGUAUUUGAACACUUAUUGAAAACCAGAUAUAAUAUAAAAAGUUCAAAUAUUCAAAAUGUUACAAACUGAAUGUGCUUGUGCAGAUACUGAUCAUGUUGAAAUUGUGUUUUCUUGAAACAAUACAAACCAAAAAUGAACCUUUAAAGGUACUCUAUGUAACUUGGAAAGAUGGAGGGUCUGCUGUUUUCUUGUCUCCAUGGAGAUGUUAUUUUUUGCCUGGAAUGUUCCACAGGAGGACAUUAAACAUAUCUCCCUUGAACAGGUGUUUACGGAAGCCGAGAGGGGUCACAACAAACGCAAACGCCGCAGCAAAUACAAAUGCGACAACACAACAAAAAGCCACAACAAACCAAAAAAAGCCACAACGGAAAUGACUGCGGGACUCUAUUUUAAUGCAAACGCUGCAACAAAUACAAACGCCACAACACAAGCGCCACAACACAAACUUCUCCAUUCCUUUACUUUUCACAUUGUAGUUCUUCUUCUUCACUUGCCGCUUGAUCGGUCCGCCGCUCAUAGCUCAAAAAAUAUCUAAAAAAAAACAACAAAACAUGAAUUCUUACUUGCUUCUCCAUAGUUCUGACCAUUAAUCUGUCUCCAUUGUGAUUACCAAGUUUAUUUCCAUACUGAAGGCAGAACAGCAAUAUUUCCAUGGAAACAAGCAUGUGGCGGACCCUCCACAAGAAAAGUUACACAGUGCACCUUUAACUAUUUAAGGAUUUGAAUAAGCAAACAAACAUUUACUACUGUGUUAAAUCACCCAGAAACUAAAGACAAUGAAUUUAUAGCAACAUUAUAUUAGAUUUUUGUGUUUCUAUACUAUAGCCAUUGCUGCCAAUAUUGUUUAUUAUUCAGUGAAAUCAGUCUGGAAAACCUUGCCAAUGCCCAGAAUAGAGCCUAUAUGUUAGUGAAUGGGUGAAUGCCUUUAUAAAUACAGUAUAUAUGUCGGAGUCUAUGAAUGAAUGGUUUGAUUUUGUACAGUGAGUGAAGUAUACACAUGAAUCUUUGUUUACUAAAACUAUCCAAAUACUAUAUUGUUGCUUGUUAUAUCUUCUGAACAACGUGCACUAUGUUUGCAUGUACAGUUUUACAAAGGAUGCACCAGUUCCUUUUGUUUAAAACUGAGUGUUUUGAAAUAUAAAAUCUAUAUGAAAUUGUAAAAUUGCCUUAAAUCUUUCACUGAUUUUCUUGGAUUUGUGCGAUGCCUUCUUCAGAAAUUGUUUAAGAAAGUAACCGUGAUAUAUUUUGUGUCAGUGUUUUUAAAUUGCUUUCUAGUGCAUUCUUUCUUUUGCAAAAGUUAAAUUAUAACAAAUAUAUUAUCUAGUUUGUUUUUUAUUAUUGUGAUUAAUCAGAGACAGCAUGGCUGAAGUACUGAUUGUCUAAUACAUAUACUAGAUGACUAUUUCUGUAUCAAAGUAUUGAUUUUUCAAAUAAAUAUUCAUAUUUAAAACAAGA